AAACCGCGCGCCCGUUCUCUGGGUGUUCCUCACUCCUCGCGCCAGUUCCAGAGGUGUGCGGGAGCCAUGGCUGCCGCCAACCCGUGGGACCCAGCGUCCGCGCAGAGUGCAGCUGGGUUACUGCUGAACCACUUGGUGGCUUCGGGGAUAGUCACUGAGGAGAUGUUAAAUAUAUCUAAGAAAAUGGCUCCUUGCUUUGUGAACUUUUCCAGAUUACAGCAGAUCUCAGAUAUUCAAGCUGAAAUCUACCAGAAUAAUCUAGAAAUUGAACUUCUGAAGCUAGAAAAGGACACAGCAGAUCUUAUCCAUCCUUCCUGUUUGGUUGAGAAAUGUGAUGUUCUGCAAAGCAUGAAUAAUCAUCUGGAAGCAGUGCUAAAAGAGAAGCACUCCAUCAGGCAAAGACUGCUGAGACCCACAUGCCAGGAGAACUUGCCAUUGGAAGCUGUUUAUCACAGAUAUAUGGUACAUAUGUUGGAACUGGCUGUGACUUUCAUUGAGAAAUUGGAAACUCAUCUUGAAACAAUUAGAAAUAUCCCUCAUUUAGAUGCAAACCUAAAGAAAAUAAGCAAAGCAUUAGCCAAGAUGGAUAUUUUGGUAAACAAGACAGAAGAACUGACAGAGAAUAUUCUUAAGUGGCGAGAACUACAAAAGGAAAUUUCCCUGUAUAUUCCCAAAAUGCUAACUGAAGAAAGUCAUCUUCAUGAACUUGAUAUAGUGCCUCCAUUACCUUUUUAUUCUAAGGCUUACACCGAAACCUCUAAUACCAAGUGAUGCCAUCUUUACUUUCAAUUAAUUACAUGUAGUCAAAGAAGUCCAUUUCUAGAUUUUUAUGACAGGGAUAUUGAUAGGUUUUGUUGCUAGCAACACUGAAAGAGCCCUCUUAAUACGGGAAUAGCAGAGCCAGAAGGAUGUCUCAGUGGGGAAAAACUCCUACUUCAAGCCUCACGGACUGAGUUCAAUCCCCUGGGAUCCACAUAUCAGAAGGGGAUCACUGAUUCCCACAGAUAUUUGAUCCUAUGAUGUCCACACAUGUCUCAUCAUAAGUAUGUGUCUAUACACACAAAAAUAGAGAAAUGAAAGUAAUAGAGAGAGAGCACAUUGGAGUUCCAGAAAUUUAGUUUCAUGAGGAUCAAACUGACCUUUCUUACAUAUGUUUUCAUUGUCUUAUUGAAGCUUAUAAAUUAUCAACUAUAUGUAUAAUUUAUUAUAAUUGAGUUGAACAUUCUUCAGAUAGAAGAUUUUGUAUUAUGAUACUGCAUUACAUCUUUUAAAAACAUUUCUGAAUUGAAAUGUUCCUGAAUGCCGGGCGGUGGUGGCGCACGCCUUUAAUCCCAGCACUUGGGAGGCAGAGGCAGGUGGGUUUCUGAGUUCAAGGCCAGCCUGGUCUACAGAGUGAGUUCCCGGACAGCCAGGGCUACACAGAGAAACCCUGUCUCGAAAACACAAAACAAAACAACAACAACAACAAAGAAAUGUUCCUGAAUCUGAAAUUGUCAUGAUUAUUCCUGUGAGAUUGAAGAAUAGCUACAUACCAGGACUGUUACCCUUUGAAGACUUCAUAAAGUGGUGAUUUCUUAGCUGACCCAUCUAGAAACGUAUGUAAUAAGAGGAUGAGAAGGGCUCAAUGUGAUCAGACUGUACAGUGUAGUUUGUGUGGGAUACUUUCUUUCUUUCUGAGAAUUUAGGAUGUUGGUUCAUAACAAGUAGAAUGUACCUUUGGUACUGGUCCCUGGCAGCAGUGCAGAGCACCCCAUCUCUAACAGUUUUGCUGGUAGAGAGCAUUUACCAAAUGUAACAGUUGAGUUGCUGUACUAAGUCACAGCUGUGAGUGUGACAACACUAAGUCGCAUACCUCCUCUUAGCAGAUCACUCACUGAAUUUGGUCGUAUUCUUAGGGCUGCCUGGGAAAUAAAUGCUGAGGAUGUGUGCUGGCAGACUUAGGACCAACAAAGAAGAAACAGUGUUGUCUUUAAACAUUUAGAAUUUUUUGUUUUGUACUUCCUAUAUGUAGCCAAGGCAGAACUUGAACUCACUAUGUAGUCCAGGCUGGUCUCAAACACAUUUUCCUUGCCUUGGCCUCCCAAGUGCUGAAAUCACAAACAUGUGGCAUCAUAUCUGGUUAAAGUUUAGAGGUUUGUAAUGGGAAAUACUGAUAUAUUUUACCUACUCUUAGGGUUAUUCUUAAGAUGGCAGCUAGUUUACUUAAAAGUAGAGAUUGUAACAGUUGUUCCAAGAUUUUCUUAUUUAUAUCAGUACUGUAAGUACUUCUGCCUUAUGUUUAAACUGGGAUCUGUUUUCCUUUAAAAUGUGUGCAUCAGGAUUUCCUUACUGUUGCCUUCUGCACUGUGGGAGUUUAGCAAACCUGCUCAUCAUACUGUUAAUAUAAGACUUCACUUGGUGGAUAGUAAAGUAGAUGUUCACAAGGAAGCAGGGUCUUUACCCCCCAACAGGUCCCUGUUAGAACACAGAUUAUUGUUUUUAAAUAAUAAUCCAGCUUUUACAAAUGUGUCAUACAAGAAUGGUGUUGAGAUUUUGAACAUCACAUAGAUAAGUCAGUAAAAUCUUUAUAUUUCAUCUCAAAUCUCUUUUAACAUCUAUUCAUUUUCCUGGUAUGAAUUUUUGUGUAUUUUAUAUAUAAACAUUCAUUAUUUUGUCACUAUCAAUAUUCUUUGUGGUUUUGUAAUUUUUAUUUCUAUUAAUGACUCACGCUGUAAAAAUAAACUAAUUUCAACU